CCUCGGGUCUAAACAUCCAACGCCGCACCCAUCGAUUCAGCCAACCGUCAGUGUAUCACUCCGCCCAUCAUGCGUCCCACUGCUGCCCGUUCAGAAGGAAUGCCUGGACCUAAAACAUUUAGCCCUUGGUGGGGCGACACCAGCAUGCAUAAACAGAGAGGAGUGGUUGUUUACAGUGUCUCGCCAUUUAGACAGCGGGGCUCCAAAGCCAUGAUCAGAGGAUGGCUAUUCAACGGCUACAGGCGUCUUGCUGCCCAAGUUCCCUACUGGAUAGUCCCCUUUGCUAUUGGAUAUGGAACAUAUACCUGGGCUAAAAGCCGUGACGCUUGGCAGAACAGCAAAGCCGGACACAUUGCACUGGGCGGCCACCACUGAGGUAUCUUGUUAGAUUUGCCAGUUCCGAAAUAGACUUGCUUUCGUUUUAAUGGUUCUGUUACGCCACGUCUUCCUGAUAACCGACCACGCGUUUGUCAUAAUCAGAAUGUUCGUUCCCCUGAACUGUGGUUCCUGCGUGAUACUUGAUGAUACCAUACCCGUUAACAGUGGCCUAUUAUCAACCUAUUAUUAAUGGGAUUUCAAAGCUAGACUCGUCAUCCUAAGGAGCAAUUUGACGCGAUAAUGAAGAACCAGGCUGAUAAAUUUGUGAUCACGACUAAUUGCGCCAGAGAGGGGUUAUGUAUAAAUGUAGCGAAAGUUGCACG